AUGAUCCAGCCACCGCAAUCAUCUAGAUCUGGCCUCACCAUACACAGAGCAUCACCCCAACACAUCCCAUGCAUCAAAUCGAUGGUGGACUCCGCUUAUUCAAAAUAUAUCGAGCGCAUCGGCAAGCCACCAGCACCAAUGUUAGCAAAUUAUGACGAAAUGUUGGAAACACAUGACAUGCUUGUCUUGCAAGAUGAGGGUAAUGAAAUAGUGGGGUCUAUCGUUCUUGCUGUUGAUCAGAGUUCUCAUUCAGUCGAAAUCAACAACUUGGUCGUUGGCCCUGCGGCCCAGGGUCGUGGAUACGGCCGCGUAUUGCUGAACUGCGCCGAGGAUGUUGCGCGGAUGGAGGGUUGUUCAGCCUUGACACUUUACACCAAUGUGAAAAUGUAUGAGAAUUUGGGGAUGUAUGUGAAGAUGGGAUUUGUGGAGACUGGGCGGAAGACUGAAGAUGGGUUUGAGCGAGUAUAUUUCCGAAAGGACUUGAUUUAA